AUGCGGUCAUCAGUAAGAAUCGGGUCGGCGGCGGCGCUAAUCUGCGUCGCCCUCAUCCUGAUCUAUUCCAGUGGACACGGUGACCACGCCCGGUCUUUGUUGAGAAUUGAGAAACCCAGCAGCCACCGGAAAUGGAAUAUAGGCACCAACACCAAGGCCCAAUUAACCUACCAGACCCGGCCCAUUGAUGUGCCCAACAUCGGGUCCAUCAUCAUGGGGAAGCUCAAGUCGGAGGACACGGCCUGGGUGUCAGCAGAAUUGGCCGAAUGGCGCAAUAUCAUUUACACCGUUGAUGACCCCUUCGCCCCUCUCCACACCCCCAAGAAUAAAGGCCGCGAGAGCCUCCCCUAUCUCCAGUACAUUGUCGACCACUACGAAGACCUCCCCGAAACGAUGGUUUUCCUCCACCCUCACCGCGACGGCUGGCCCGCCGCCUGGCACACGGAUACCAUGGACUACAACAACGUCGACUCGGUGCGGGCCUUACAGACAUCAUUCAUUCAAGAGAACGGGUUCGCAAACCUGCGCUGCCAACAAACCCCCGGCUGUCCGGUCGAGCUCCAGCCCUUCCGCAAACAAGCCCGGUCUGGCAACGAGGCCGAGAAAUACUAUGCGCAGGCGUGGGAGGAGCUGUUCAACAACACCGAUGUUCCCGAAAAGAUUGGCGCCGCCUGCUGCUCGCAGUUUGCCGUGUCGCGCGACCAGGUGCUGAAGCGCUCCUUGAGUGAGUACCAGCGGAUGUACGAUUGGGUGUUGAACACGGAAUUGCCCGAUCAAACCGUCGCCACCAUUAUGGAGUACAGUUGGCAUAUCAUUUUCGGCCAGGAACCGGUCUACUGUCCAAACGUGUUCCAGUGCUACGCGGAUGUCUACGGCGAAGAGCUGAUUUUCUAG